ACCUCUUCAUCAACCAACCCCGCACCUCCAACGCCUCAAGAUUUAUUAUCCCUUCGACCAUCACCACUACGCCCACCAUGCCCAGCAGAAGAUCGCAUUUUCUGCUGGCGCGGCGUCAACACACCUCCCCCAUCCAUGAUCAAUCAUCCCGUCAUUCAUUUUCUCACCAACGCCUCAAACCAAGCAUCGCUUCAAGAAACAACAAGCUAUGGCUCAGGCCUCAGAAAGUUCCACAUGUUCUGUGACAUAUUCUCCGUCCCAGAAGCAGGCCGUUUGCCAGCAUCAUUCAAAAUGCUGCACUCAUUUGCCCUUUGGGCCAUCUCUGAUCCUUCCACAGCAGAAUCAUUUCUAAAAAAAUACCUUUCCGCUAUCUGCACAUGGCACAUAGCGCAAGGUUGGCCACCCCCGCUAUCACCAGAACAUUUCACGCAAAUUAAUUGGUCACUUCGAGGAAUGGAGAACUUGCAAGGUACUUGUUGUAAACUGGUCAGGCCCCCAAUUACACUCCAGAUGCUAACGGCUAUCAAAGCCACCCUGCGGUUAGAUCAGCCGUUCGAUGCAUGCAUAUGGGCUAUGUCCAGCUGUGCAUUCUUUGGAAUGAUGCGCUUCGGAGAAGUCGCAGUCAAAACACGUAUGAGUUUCGACAAGUCGAAACAUAUCACAAGAAAGGACAUUUUCAUCAGAGUAGAUUUAGCAGGAAAACCUUAUGCCAGGCUUGACCUCCCUUGA